AUGGCGACAUCCUCUGUGUCUAAAGGCUGUUUCGUCUUCAAACCCAGCAGCAAAAAGCGGAAACUUGCCGACAUUGGCGAUCACUUCAUGCGCGGUUGUGAGGAGAAAGACGGGAGCGCGCUACGGUACAACUUGUUUAAGCAGCUUUGGGACCGGAUCUUCAAAGACACCGAGUCCUUACAAGACGAUCUCAACAGAAACAUACUGGACAGCCUUUUGGACUUCAUCAGAAAAUGCUGUCACAAGAAACUGGACGACUGGGCUGCGCAGAUGCGAGCCAGCGAGAUCCCCACCGCGGCUCUCAUGCUGGGCGUCAAUGUGCCAGACCACGACAUGACCUUCCACAGCUUGUCCGAGCUCCUGCGUGCGUCUGUCAGCCCGUACGUCGCCUCUCUGCACGCAAAAGAAUGUGGAGCUUUGAAACACCUUCUCAAACGAGUCCUUGAACGCGUCAUGGACGGAGAAGUGGAUGUGGACGACGAGGAAGACGCAGAGAUGGACGCCGUGCAGGUCAACACACGCGUCCAAUGCUCGUUUAACGUACUUUGCGAAUGGUACAAGGCGAAAACCAAGAAGUUAAAAGACCAAUCUGUGCAUAGACCUCCUGUUGUGGUCUUGUUUAAAGAUCUGGAGGCGUUUAACCCUAAAGUUUUGCAGGAAUUUAUAAUUAUCUGCAGCCGCUAUGUGGAACAGCUCCCUCUGGUGUUCAUUUUCGGUAUCGCCACGUCUCCCAGCACGAUCCAAAACAUGUUGCCCCACUCCGUCUCGUCUCUCCUGUGCAUAGAGCUGUUCCAUUCCCUCUCAUGCACGCAGCACCUCGCCACAGUCAUCGAUAAGUUAAUUUUGACCUCACGUUUCCCGUUCAAACUCGGCGCCAAAGUCAUGCAAGUCCUCGUAAGCAUAUUCCUCUACCACGACUUCUCUGUGCGUAACUUUAUCAAAGGCGUGCAGGUGGCUUUACUGGAGCACUUUCAUUCACAGCCUCUCAGUGUGCUGUGUUGUGAGGAAAAAGUGGCCAUGGAUCUUAUUGUGCACCUUCGUAAAAAAGAUCUGGAAAGGAUAAGAGAGCUGCCCUCGCUUAAAAGCCACGUUGAAGCUAUGAAAGACGUGGAAAAGGCGGAUCUGCUUAUGAGCAAUGACGCCAGCUUGAAAGAAGAAUGCAAAACUCUAAUCAAAUCGCUUCACACGUAUCACACUAACUACUACCCGGUCUUGAGAUGCCUGCAUGCCCUUACGUCAGGCCUGCCACGUUAUCCUCUGGGGAAGCAGAUACGUGAGUUGCAUUUGAUUUGUCUGGAGAACAGCGUGUGGGAGAGUGAGGACUACCAGACGGCCAUGAAGCUGCUGAAGAUGCUGUCCAAAGAGGAGCUGGAGGCGGGGAUGCAGAGGUGCGUAGAGGCGCUGAAGCUGGAGCAGGAGGAGGAGGAGUCCGCGAGUAUGACAAGCGCACGGGAGAGACUGCAAGAGUUACUGUCCCUCAUGAGAGGCCUGGAUCUGUGUGCAGAUGUGGUCCCAGUCACAGAGGACGCAGAACCCAUCCUCACUUCUCCACUGAGAAACCUGCAGAAGAAGACCGACCUGUUCCAGCUGCAGAAAACCCUCCUGGAGAUGAACGAGACUCGCCGCGUCAAGAAGCUCAGCCCCUUCGAGCGCCUGCGCAACGAGACCGUGGACUUCCUGGACUCGCUGGUGCGGUCUCACCUGUCCCCGCCCGAGUCCCAGCCGCUGCACGAAGUCAUGUACUACCGCUCGUCUGCCACCGUGAGGCGCCACCUGAACGCCACCCCGCGCACCUCCAUCCAAGCUGCGCUGAGCAAUCCGUACUUCUACCUGCAAAACGAGAGCUUGCGAACGGACGACGGCGGCGUUUCCAACUCCGCUCCCGACAUCUGCAUCGCCUACAAACUCCACCUCGAGUGCGGCAGGUUGAUCAAUCUCUUCGACUGGCUGGAGGCGUACUGCACGGUGGUCUCUGCGGCCGAGGGGGGGGACCCUGAGGCGGAGGAUUUCGGGAAAGUGGACGAAAGGAAACACGCCAGGUUCAUCCAAGCUGUGUCCGAGCUGGAGUUUCUGGGAUUCAUAAAGUCGACCAAACAGAAGACGGACCACGUGGCCAGGCUCACGUGGGGAGGCUGCUGA